GAAAAUAUGGAGAUCGUAAGAGAGUAAUCAACGAGUGUAUUUCAGAAAUCACAGUUUUUCUUCUUUCCACGUUCCAGCCAUGGAUAUACGAACGAUGGGAUUAAAUAAUGACAGCCGGGCUGUUAGCAGUGGCUCUUACGCGGCUAGUCCAGGAACCCAGUCCGAUAGCAUACCGAAAUCAACAGUUUCGGCUACAGCAGAGACAGGCACAGGCCUUAGUAGUGCAUGGAGAACGACGUUGGCAGCAACGACAACAGCAGCCACGAUGACUAGCAAAACGUGCCAAAAAAGUAGAAGCAAACACCACCAAGUUACAUUGGUUCGACCGCCAAGAGCAUGUUUGUGUCUCACCCUAGACAACCCACUCCGGCGACUCUGUAUAAGCAUCGUCGAAUGGAAAUAUCCUUUUUAA